AUGGCGCCCCUCUGUACCUCGGUGGAAGUCAACCUUCUCGUCUAUCAUUACCUCAAAGAAUCAGGGUUCCACCACGCAUCGUUUGCGCUGCGACAUGAAUCGAGGCUGGACGACUCGCCCCUCUCCCACGAGGCCAUUAUCGAGCCUGGUCAGCUGAUCCGCUACCUGCAGAGAGGCCUCGUCUACUCGGCCGUCGAGGCACAUGUCCAGGAGGAUGGCACCGAAAAGACCUGCUCGGCGCCGUUCAAGCUGGUAGGACCGCCGCACGUGUGCGAUGGCAAGCCUCGACCGCCACCACCGCCAGCGAGCCCGACUCGACUCUCCGCUUCUCCGCCGCCAGCGUUGGCGCCACCGCGGGCCCUCCACAAGGAAGCGACGACCCAGACUGUGGCCGUCGCCGUCCAGGAUACGACGCGGAGGCUGCAGAACGGGUUGCAGUCGGCGACGUCGAGCUCCAGCGGCUCGAGGCGCAACUCGGACGGCCGACAGCCUGAGUCCAGCACGACAGCCUCGGCGUCCAAGAAGAAGCUCGAGCAAGUCUCGGCAGACGACGUCGAGAUGACGGACGCGGAGCAGGCGCGCGCGGCAAAGAUGAAGGACGCGAAACGCAAGGCCUCGCACGCCCUCGCGGCAUCGGCGGGCUCCGAGAGGCAGGAGAAACGGGCCAAGCGGGAGGACCUCGCCGCCGCUUCCGCAUCGGCAGCGGACAGGAAGCGGCUCGCCAACGGUAUGGCGGACGAGGACAGGAAGGACGUGGCGUCCAGGAACGGCAAGGUUGGCGGCAGCUCCCGAGCGUCCACGCCCGGUCAGACGGACAGGGGCCACGAGAGCGGCUCCGGCGCAGCGGAUCGGACGGGUUCGAGGGCAAAGGAGAAGGACGGCAUCAAGAAGAAGAAGGCGGGCAAAGGCAGCCUCGCCGAAGGGAAGAAAGACGGCGGCAAGGGCGACAAGGGCGCCGCCGGCAACGGCAAGCAGGCCAGCACGACAGUCGAGCAGCCCGAGGGCGAUGGAUACGUCACCCGCGAAGAGAUCACCGUGCUGGCCGGACACACGGGCGAGGUGUUCGGCUCGGCGUGGAACCCGACGGUGCCGGGCAUGCUGGCAAGUGGCGCCGGCGACGCAACGGUGCGCAUCUGGGAUCUGCCGCCGCGGUCCGGCGACCCCGUCGACCCGCCGACGGUGUGCAAACACCUGCCCGCGACGCAGAGCAAGGACAUCUCGACGCUGCACUGGAACCCGGACGGCACACUGCUGGCCUCGGGGUCCUACGACGGCAUACUCAGGCUCUGGACGCCCCAGGGAGAUCUGCACCUGGUCAUGUCGAUGCAUCAGGGCGCCGUCAUCAGCGUGCGGUGGAACCGCAAGGGCAACAUGCUGCUGACGGGAAGCGCCGACGGCACUGCCAUCGUCUGGGACCUCGGCAGCGGCAAGACGCGGCAGCAGUUCCCUCUCCACAGCGACGGCGUCCUCGACGUGGAAUGGCUCUCCACUGCCGAGGGCUCGCUCAGCGUUGAUUCAUCUGCUGCCGUCGCGCCGGCCCACGGUCUCAGCCAGUCGGUCGCCGACUCCAUCUUUGCCACGUGCUCGGCGGACAACAGCAUCAAUAUCUGCAAGCUGGGCGAGGCGCGGCCAAUCAAGUCGUUCAAGGGCCACACCGACGAGGUCAACGCCAUCCGCUUUGAUCCCUCGCAAACGCUGCUGGCGAGUGUCUCGGACGACUGCACGGCCAAGAUCUGGGCGCUCGAUCUCGGCAGCUCGUCGUCCAAUGGCAGCGGGUCCUGGUCAGGCGGCGCCCCCGGUGCCGGCAGCGAGGGCUCGAGGAAGCGGGGCGCCCGGGGUCGGGGUGGGAGCGCGAACGUCGAAGGCACGGACGCAGAGGAGGACCGCGAGCGUGGCCACCGCAACCCGACCGGCGCAGGAAGCGGCAGCGGCAGCGGUGCCGGCACGGCCGAGGCCGGAUCUGCAGCCGCGACCGGCGAGGGCGAGGUGGACGAGUCCGGACCGUCGAAGGAGAAGGACGGAGGCGCAUCCUCGGCGGCAGGCGCCUCGACUGCGGCGCCUCCCGCUGGCACGGGCGCUUCCACAUCGUCUGGCGCUGGGUCCAGCGGUGCUGCUGCCGGCAAGGACGUUCCAUCGGCCGACCCGUCCGCUUCAGGCAGCGGACCGACUGCGGCUAGUGCCGGUGCACCCGCUGCACCGUCGACGACGUCCAGUGUGGUGACGACGACGGCCAAGGGACCCAACAAGGGCCUGCGGCUUACGCUCUCUGGUCACACCAAGGAGGUGUACGCGGUGGCUUGGUGUCCGACGGGACCAGGGACGCGCCAUCCCAAGCAGCCGCGCAUGCUUGCCACCACGUCGUUCGACUGGACCGCGCGGCUGUGGAACGCCGACACCGGCGACUGCAUCCGUGUCAUUGACGAGCACGAGGACAACGUCUACACGCUCAGCUUCAGCUCCUGCGCGCGGUUCCUCGCCACUGGCGGGAUCGACAAGAGGGUUCUCAUCACGCGGAUCGAGGACGGCGCCCUCGUCAAGCGCUAUGUUGGCGGUGGACCCAUCUUCGGCCUCUCUUGGAAGGGCCUUGCUGCUGCCGAAGACGUCGAUCCGGACUCGAAGCGAUCGGAAGCCAAGAUGCCGUCCGACGCCCACGACUCAUCGACGUCUGUCGCUGCCAAAGACGGCACCCUCCCGGGGCAGUAUCAGCUCGCCAUCUCGCAGGCCGAUCGCAAGCUCGUAGUGCUGCGGCUGCGGGACCUCGACAAGGCGCCGGCAAACAAGCUCUUUGGGGCUCCCUCCAAGCCCGAGAUGGCCGAGGCUGCCUCGACCUCCACCGUAUCGGAUUCCGUCGCCGCCAAGAAGGAGAAGAAGGCAUGA